AUGGAAUUUGAUUACGGUAAACAGCAACAAAGCUGCACAUUUCGAGAGCUGAAGUUGGUUGCCUUAAUUGCUCUAUGUCUCAUUCUAAUCUCUCCUGCUGAGGCAUUUGAUCCACUGGAUCCAACUGGGAAUGUGACAAUAAGAUGGGAUAUCAUGUCCUGGACAUCAGAUGGUUAUUUGGCCACUGUGACAUUGUUUAACUUUCAACUUUACCGGAAUAUUAUGAACCCUGGUUGGACUCUAGGAUGGACAUGGGCAAAAAAGGAAAUUAUAUGGGCCAUGAUGGGAGCUCAAGCUACAGAACAAGGAAACUGUGCCAAGUUCAAGUUGAAGAUUCCUCAUAGCUGCAAGAGGAACCCUGAAGUGGUUGACUUGUUACCUGGAGCUUCUUACAACAUGCAGUUUAACAAUUGCUGUAGAGGGGGUGUUCUAACAUCUUGGGGGCAGGAUCCUAAUGGUGCAGUUUCAGCAUUUCAAAUAGGUGUGGGGCUCUCUGGCACCUCUAAUAAGACAGUGAAACUGCCCAAGAACUUCAAAUUGCUAGGACCAGGACCAGGAUAUUCAUGUGGCCCUGCAAAGAUGGUUCCUUCCACUGUCAUCCCUACAGAUGAUCAUAGGAGAAAAACUCAAGCUUUGAUGUCCUGGAAUGUGACAUGUACUUAUUCACAGUUCCUUGCCUUUAAGAACCCAAGCUGUUGUGUUUCUUUGUCAUCUUUCUACAGUGACCAAGUCACAGCUUGCCCAACUUGUGCUUGUGGUUGUCAGAACAAUGAUACCUGUGUCACGAGCGACUCAAAGAUCCUGCAAGAUUAUGUAAAAAACACUACGAAGACACAUGAUAUCACACCAAAACCAUUGUUACAAUGUACACACCAUUUGUGCCAUGUCCGGGUGCAUUGGCAUGUGAAAGACAACUAUAAGGAUUAUUGGCGUGUGAAGAUUGCAAUCAUCAACUUCAACUAUCGAAUGAAUUACACACAAUGGACACUUGUAGUACAACAUCCCAAUCUCAAUAAUGUCACCCAAGUCUAUAGCUUUGAAUACAUUCCACUUCUUCCCUAUGAAUCCAUAAAUGACACAGGCAUGUUCUAUGGUUUGAAAUAUUACAAUGAUCUAUUGAUGGAAGCUGGGCCUAAAGGGAAUGUCCAAUCUGAGGUGCUUAUGAAGAAGGACAAGAACACAUUUACUCUCAAGCGAGGAUGGGCUUUUCCUAGGAGGGUUUACUUCAAUGGUGAUGAAUGUAUGCUGCCACCCCCUGAUUCAUACCCUUUCUUGCCAAACUCUGCACGUAGAUUACCAACAAGUAUUAUAUUGAUGGCAGCCCAUGUGAUUUUCACAUCAUUUUUUCAUUUGAUUGUGACUCUUUUGUGA